AUGGCUAUAUUCCUGUGGGAUGAAUUCCAGAUGCUAGCAACAACCUCUAGUAUUAGGAGAGCCCUUAUAUCCACAGGCUGGUCUAGAAAAAAUUCUCAACGAAAGGCUAAAGAGCAGAACGUGGAAUUGCGGGAGACCUAUCUUCAUAACCUCUCUGACUUUGAGUCAUAUCAACUUGUUUAUGUUGACGAAUCUGGAUGUGAUAAGCGGAUUGGGUUCCGGCGCACAGGCUGGUCACCACUCGGUGUAGCACCAAAACAAGUGGCACAGUUCCACCGUGACGAGAGGUAUCAAAUUCUGCCUGCGUACUCUCAAGAUGGUAUCGUGCUGUCUCGUGUCUUUCGUGGCUCAACCGAUGCUUCCGUGUUUGAGGACUUUAUCGAAGAGCUUCUUCACCAUUGUGGAAGAUGGCCGGAGCCGAAGUCUGUCCUGGUCAUGGAUAAUGCAUCAUUCCACCACUCCGAGCGGAUUUCACAAAUGUGCGCCGAUGCGGGAGUAAAACUGGUCUACUUGCCUCCAUACUCACCGGAUCUGAAUCCAAUUGAAGAGUUCUUUGCUGAGCUGAAAGGAUUCAUAAAACGUAACUGGAGCUACUACGCAGAAGAUCCUACUCAGGGAUUCAGCAUCUAUCUCGAAUGGUGUAUUAAUCAGGUUGGCGCAAGAGAAGAAAGUGCCAGGGGCCAUUUUCGGCACUCAGGUCUGAGCAUUGAAGAUUUACAUGAUUGA